GCCGGAGCCCCCGGAGCCUGGGCUCCUCACGUCCGGGUGACCCGCCAUGGACCGCGGCCGGGUGCUGGAACAGCUGCUCCCGGAGCUCACAGGGCUGCUCAGCCUCCUGGACCAUGAGUACCUCAGCGACACCACCCUGGAGAAGAAGAUGGCUGUGGCCUCCAUCCUGCAGAGCCUGCAGCCCCUCCCAGCAAAGGAAGUCUCCUACCUGUACGUGAACACAGCCGACCUCCACUCCGGGCCUAGCUUCGUGGAAUCCCUAUUUGAAGAAUUUGACUGUGACCUGAGUGACCUUCAGGACAUGCCAGAGGACGAUGGCGAGCCCAGCAAAGGAGCCAGCCCUGAGCCAGCCAAGAGCCCAGCUCUGAGGAAUGCAGCCGACCUGCCUCCACCACUCCCCAACAAGCCUCCACCUGAAGACUACUAUGAGGAGGCCCUUCCCCUGGGACCGGGCAAGUGCCCCGAGUACAUCAGCUCCCACAACAGCUGCAGCCCAGCCCAGUCGAUAGUGGAUGGCUACUACGAGGAUGCAGACAACAGCUACCCCACGACCAGGAUGAACGGGGAGCUGAAGAACUCCUACAAUGACUCUGACGCCAUGAGCAGCUCCUACGAGUCCUACGAUGAGGAGGAGGAGGAAGGGAAGGGGCAGCAGCCCAUGCACCAGUGGCCCUCGGAAGAGGCCUCCAUGCACCUGGUGAGAGACUGCAGGAUAUGCGCCUUCCUGCUGCGGAAAAAGCGCUUCGGGCAGUGGGCCAAGCAGCUGACCGUCAUCAGGGAGGACCAGCUUCUGUGUUACAAAAGCUCCAAGGACCGACAGCCACAUCUGAGGCUGGCUCUGGAUGCCUGCAAUGUCGUCUACAUGCCCAAGGACAGCCGACACAAGAGGCAUGAACUGCGCUUCUCCCAGGGGGGCGCCGAGGCCCUGGUGCUGGCACUGCAGAGCCGGGAGCAGGCGGAGGAGUGGCUGAAGGUCAUCCGAGAGGUGAGCAAGCCUGUUGGAGGAGGCGAAGCCGUGGAGGUCCCCAGGUCCCCAGUUCUCCUGUGCAAGCUGGACCUGGACAAGAGGCUGUCCCAGGAGAAGCAGACCUCAGACUCUGACAGCCUGGGAGUGAGCGACAACUGUUCCAUCCUUGGCCGCCGGGAAGCCUGUGACCAUGGCAAAGGGAAGAAGAGCAGCCUGGCAGAGCUGAAGGGCUCGGUGAGCAGGGUCGCAGGCCGCAAGAUCACCCGCAUCAUCAGCUUCUCCAAGAAGAAGCCGCUGGCUGAUGACCUACAGACGUCCUCCACCGAGGAGGAGGUUCCAUGCUGUGGCUAUCUGAACGUGCUGGUGAACCAGGGCUGGAAGGAACGCUGGUGCCGCCUGAAGUGCAACACUCUGUAUUUCCACAAGGAUCGCACAGACCUGCGGACCCAUGUGAACGCCAUCGCCCUCCGUGGUUGUGAGGUGGCCCCGGGCUUUGGGCCCAGACACCCAUUUGCCUUCAGGAUCCUGCGUAACCGGCAAGAGGUCGCCAUCUUGGAGGCAAGCUGCUCAGAGGACAUGGGCCGCUGGCUUGGCCUACUGCUGGUGGAGAUGGGCUCCCGAGUCACCCCUGAGGCACUGCACUAUGACUACGUGGACGUGGAGACCUUAACCAGCAUCGUCAGUGCUGGGCGAAACUCCUUCCUAUAUGCACGUUCUUGCCAGAAUCAGUGGCCUGAGCCGCGCGUCUAUGAUGAUGUUCCUUAUGAAAAGAUACAGGACGAGGAGCCCGAGCGUCCCACUGGAGCCCAGGUAAAACGCCACGCCUCCUCCUGCAGCGAGAAGUCCCAUCGAGUGGAUCCGCAGGUCAAAGUCAAGCGCCAUGCCUCCAGUGCCAAUCAAUACAAGUACGGCAAGAACCGAGCUGAGGAGGAUGCUCGGAGGUACCUGGUAGAAAAAGAGAAGCUAGAGAAAGAGAAAGAGACAAUCCGGACAGAGCUGAUGGCACUGCGGCAGGAGAAGAGGGAGCUGAAGGAGGCCAUUCGGAGCAACCCAGGAGCAAAGUUAAAGGCUCUGGAGGAGGCUGUGGCCACCCUGGAAGCUCAGUGCCGGGAGAAGGAGGAGCGCCGGAUCGACCUGGAGCUGCGGCUCGUGGCAGUGAAAGAGCGCUUACAGCAGUCCCUGGCCGGGGGUCCAGCCCUGGGGCUCUCCGUGACCAGCAAGAACAAGAGUGGGGAGACUGCAAAUAAACCCCAGGACAACGUGCCAGAGCAACCUCUUCCUGUCAACUGUGUUUCCGAGCUGAGGAAGAGGAGCCCAUCCAUCGUAACCUCCAACCAAGGCAGGGUGCUGCAGAAAGCCAAGGAAUGGGAAAUGAAGAAGACCUAGAAAGAGGAUGAAGGUUUUAUCCCAAAGGAGAUAUGAGCUUGUCCAUCUAAGGCAGCAAAGCUUUUUUACAAGGAUACACCAGGAGAAGACUGGAAGGAGCUCCCUUCUCUCUUGGGCAACCAAAAGACCAGCCUUUAUUGUCUGCAUGGCUUUAGGGGAUACGGGGAGGGAAGGAGGAGAAAAGAAGAGGGAAAUGGAGAACAUCCUCAGGACUGCAGAGGGUGGAAAAUGGAGUUGGGGGAGAAAAAAUUUUGCACGGUUGUAAAGGUUUUGCUAGAUGUCUUUACCUUCCCUCCUGAAGAAGAAAUGAAAGCACAUGCGAAUAAGCCAUUCCACCCUAGUCUCAGCAUCCCAUUCCUAGUCCUUAAGGGAAAGGAAGGCAGUGCUGAAACAUCAGUGGUACAGUGUAAAGAGAUGAGACUUGGUCAUAGGAUCACAGUUUUGCCAAGUGGAUUCACGUUGGGCCUUGCUGGCAACCUCUGGGCAAGACAAGCUUAAAAAUCAACAGAACUACCCCUGCCUCCUUAAGGAUGAACAUAAGCUAAAGAAAACAUCCAAAUUCUCAAUUAUUCCUCAUCUGCUUUAGAGCUAAGCAGAGUACAGCUACUGGAAUCUUCCAUAUUUGAGUGAUUUUAAAUCAGAGAUCCAAGUAUGCGGCAGGCAAGAAGAGGUUGAAUAGCUGGCAUAUUUUACCCUUGCAGUGACACUCAGUGACAGGAGCUUGGGUUUCUAACGUCCACAGGAUGUUGCAGGCAUUGUAGGGUGAGAUCAUGUGCUGUUAGUCAAACCCUUUGACCUAUUUCUAUAUGACACACAGCCUCCUGGGGCUACAGGUAGAAAUCCAUGUGACACUCUUUAUGACUUUAUCCUAAUGAAGUCCUCAUCUUGCACUUGGAGGCAUACCAGCCUGUCCUUCCACAACUGCUAUAAAGUAAAACUAUCAGGAAACCAAGAGGGUGGUGGCUCAUUUCUGCCACAUGGGUGCUAAGCUCUUUAUAAACACUUGAUAACUAUUACAGGGAGAACAAGAACCUCAAGUCCUGGGUAAUCUUACAUCCUGUGCCACUCACUACUGUCUCAACACUGUACGCACCUUAUAGGGCUUUAACACAAUUUCCUCCAAUUUAGAUAAGACCAUUUAAGAGUUCAGAGGCUAGCUCAAGGGGAGAGAAGGGAAAUCCCAGAACCACCACUGGACACUCUGCUAAAGGCUUUGCAUACUUCACCCCACCUGAAGUUUUACAGGAGUCCCUGGGUGGCACAAACUGUUAACAUGCUGAACUGCUAACCAAGAGGUUGGAGGUUCAAGUCCACCUAGAGGGGUGCCUCGGGAAAAAAAGGCCUUGUGAUCUACUUCUGAAAAAAUCAGCCAUUGAAAACCUUAUGGUUUUACUUUGACACACAUGGGAUUGCCAUAAGUCGGAGUCAACUCUAAGGCUGCUGGUGGUGGUGGUGGUGGUGGUGAGGUAGCUGGAGACCAGAGCAGGAAAAAUAACCUGACCAAAAUCACCCGGCUGAUCUGUGGCUGAGCAGAGGACUUAGAGGUUAUGAGCCUGGAUCCAGACCACUGGGUUUGGGCCCUGCCUCUGCCACUUAACAGCUGGGUGACCUUGUGAAAGUCACUUGAUCUCUCUGAUCCUUGCUUUCCUCACCUGUGAAAACAGGGUUAACAAUUGUAUUUUCAAGGAUAUUAGGGGUGCCCAGUGAAAUAAUACCUAGGAAGCUUCUGGCACAGUGUCUGAGAAAUAGGCAAUGCUCAGUUAAUAGUGGCUCCUCCUAUUAGCUAAUUAGCUGGAUAAGAAACGUCUGACUCAAAAGCCUGUGUUCUUUCCACUGAAGAAAUAAUUUUUAGAUGGUAAUUACAGACACUAAGGCUAAAAGGCAGUCAACCCAUAACUGACAGGUUUUCAUCCAGAUUCCACCUGAGUAUCUUCAGGGGAAAAAGGAGCUCACAUAUUCUGGAUUGUCAGUGUUCCUUUCUAAAAUGUGGAUUCUGGAAUGGCACCCAACACUCCAACUAUGUCCUCAGUGUGUAUCACAUUCUUUCUCAUGCAGUUGUUUUGGGGUUAAGUGUCUUUUCCCAUCAACAGUUUGUAGACACUUUGAGAGGAUAUGGACCUAAGUAGUAAAUAAUUAACAUUUACUGAGCACUCACCAUGCAUCAGGCCCUAAGCUAACCAGGGCAUGCAACCUGUGCUAAGCUAAGCAGCUGCUAAGCAACCUGGGCAGCUAAGACAAAUGCAAGCAAAAAUGGCUAAGGUAAGGAUGCCAAUUCCUGCUUUUUAAAAUGCCUCCUUUGAUUGUGUUUUUUUUUUUUCAAAGUACCGGCUCACGGUUCUGAGGUAGAUUGGAAGCUCCAUCCUUCCCAACAUUGCCAAGUAUUUGGACUGUCAGAAUUCUAGUGUCACUGGAUGCUUGAGGAGGUCCACCAACCCCUCUAAGUCUCAAUUUUCUCAUAUGUAAAAGGGGAUCAUAAUCCCUCCCUGCUAAAAGGAAACAGGGAUGGGAUAUAAAGAUGCCAAAGACUCCAGCUCUGUCCUCAUGAAACUCACAGACAAGGACAGAUCUGAACCAAUAACUAUGGUAAAAACAAGUCAUGCUAUAGUGAAGAUUCAAAAUGCUGAGGGCACACUUCCCAUUGUUUUAAAAAAAAAAAACUGACCCAAAAGGCUAUUCAAUAACUAAUCCUGCAACUCCAAGUACCUGGAUCCCAAUUACUACCAGUCCAUCUUCACAUCCUGUAAGCUUUCCAUCCUAAAUUGUUAGAAUUCAUUGUCUUCUUUCCAUCUCCAUGGACACCGUCCAACUUGAUUAAUUCAUUCAACUAAUACUUAUUGACUACCUACUAUGUUAGGAAGAAAGGCCGGGCAAUCUACUUGGAAAAUCGGCCUAUGAAAAUCUUCUGGAUCACAACGGUCCGAUCCAUAAGCAAUCAUGGGGAUUGUGAGGAUGGUGCUGGACCAAGCAGCCACAGGGCUGCCGCUGUGCAUGGAGUUGCCAUGAGCUGGGUGCCAACUGAAAGACAGCUAAGACCAACACCUACUAUAUGCACCUACUAUACUAGAUGCCGAGAGUCACAGCCGUGGACACGACAGACACCCUCAUGAA